AUGAGCACAACCACGGUGACGACGACGAGCCGGAAGCCGUCGACGGCGACAUCAUGCAGCACGGAGCUCACCGACGCCGCCACGCUGACGUCGCUGGACCUGCCGGGGGCGACCCGGCCAUCACAGCUUACCCACGCCGAUAUUGAGCGGCUCGGACGCGAACGCCCGCCCAUUUUCGCGAACACCUUCAUCGAGGUCAUUUUCGUCAUGUCCAUCGUCAUGUCCCUGAUGAUGAGCGAGUACUUCACCUCGGGCUUCAACAUCAUCCUGCCGACGCUCACCGAUGCGGUGCACAUCCCCGAGGCCGCGCGCACCUGGCCGACCGCCGUGCCCAACCUCGCCGCCGGCGUCACCCUGCUGCCCUUCUCGCGGCUUUGCGGCCAGUGGAGCGCCCGCGUCGUCUACCUCGGCGGCCACGUGUGGCUGGCCGCCUGGGCGGCGGCGGCCGGCCUCUGCUCCAGCGCGACGCCGCUGAUCGUGUGCCGUGCCAUGCAGGGGGUCGGCUUCGGCGCCUUCCUGCCGGCCGGCUUGUCCAUCCUUGGCCAGGUGUACCGGCCCGGCCCGCGCAAGAACCGCGUGUACUGCGUGUACGGCGCGUUCGCGGCGGUCGGCUUCUACUUUGGCAUCAUCACGGCCGCGCUCACGACGCAGUACGCCGACUGGCGGUGGUACUUCUUCCUCGGCGCCACCCUCCAGUGCGUCGUCCUGUCCAUCAGCUACGCGGUCAUCCCCCCGCAGCUCAACGACGUCGACCCGGAGGCGCGCAUGGACUGGCUCGGUCUCGUGACGUCGGUGCCGGCGCUGGCGCUAAUCAACUUUGCGUUUUCGGAGGGCAGUCACGGCCCCCAAGGAUGGGCGACCCCGUACAUCAUCGUCUGUCUGGUCCUCGGCCUUCUCUUCCUCGCCCUCACGGUGUACGUCCAGGGCUGGGUCUCGUCGCAACCUCUCAUGCCGCGCCGGAUAUUCAAGCCAAAGUACAUGAUCAGACUCUUUGUUGCACUAUUUUUCUUUUAUGGUGUCAACUCCAUCUUCUUGUUCUACACCAGUCUUUAUAUCGGCAAUGUUCUUCGUGCGACUCCUAUUCUCGCUGCUGCGUGGUAUACACCGCUUUUCCUUGGCGGCCUCUUCCUCGCCGCCAUUGGUGGCAUGGUGCUGCACCUCUUGUCCAACCAAAUACUGCUCAUCAUCUCCAGCCUUGGCUUUCUCUUCUGCGUCCUGCUCUUCGCGAUCCUGCCCAUCGACUCUGGCCAACCCAGAGGCACCCUCUACUGGAUGUACAUAUUGCCGGCCAUGUGCUGCGCGACCAUCGGCAUUGAUCUAUCCUUCAACGUGACGAACGUGUUUCUGACGACGGCGCUGCCGAAGCGCGACCAGGCAGCAGUGGGCGGCAUCACCAACUGCCUCAUCUACAUUGGCAGCUCCUUUUGCCUGGGAUUCAGCGAUUUGUUGAUCUCAUCGAUUCAAAAGAGCCUAGAUUCACCUCUGAGCCUAGCACGCCAGUACCGCAUCGGCUUCUGGCUCGGUGUUGGUCUGGCCGGCAUUGCGCUGUUGCUCACAGCUACCAUGCGCCUUGGCUCGGCUUCGGCCGAGCUUACCGCUGACGAGAAGGAAGAGCUCCGCCAAAUCGCUGAAAAAGAGAAACUGGAAGCCGCAAAAGUUGCACUCGUGGCAGACAAAGAAGCACUGCUGGUGAAGAAGGACAAAUUGAACAACUAG